UACUUCUGAUUAAAACUAAACAGAUAUAGGAGUAGCUCAAGAAGAAGAAACACAAAUUAUAUAAAAAAAAAAAGAUGGAGGUAGAAUUAGGUCUGAAGAUAACUCGAACAAAAGACGAUGUCUCUUCCUCUAGAGAUUUUCAGGUUGUUAAAGAUUCUUUUGGUCGUCAUCUCUCGCUUUCUCGAGAAACCAACUCUGUGUUCAUCCUCACUCUUCAUCUCAAAGGAUUCAAGAAAGAUGGUGUCUAUAUCGAGAUAAACAAAGAAGGGAAUCGGAUUAAGAUAAGCGGAAGAAAACAAGUACAAGAGAUGGUUUUGGUAAAGUGGGUUGAAUGGAAAAAAGAAACUGAAAUAAAAGAGUUCAAGAAGUUUCGGAUUCCAGAUAUCGUUAAUCUUGACAAGAUCAAAGCGAAACUCAAUGAAGAAUAUGGGACUUUAACUGUUACAAUGCCUAAGAAAAUUAAGGGGAUUACGGGUUUGAAGAUCGAGGAAGAGGAGGAGGAGGAAGAAGAAAAAACAGAACCAGUAGUAGAAGAGAAAACAGAGGAA